AUGUCGACCAUUAGGUCGGUGCCAACUAAUGUUAGAGACGAGAAACAGUGCUUUGCCCUUGGGAACUUUGAUGACCAAUGGAAACCGACCAGAACAAGAAGCCGGAAGAGGUUUGUGUUGAAUCAUCAAGUAUUGGGUGCUCGUUAUGUAAAAGAAGAAGUGGAGCAUAUGCUCAACAAUGAAGUAUGGAGGAAAGGGUUUAUAAAUGAAACAAAUGAAGGGUCUUAUGCUGCAGUUAAUAGAGUAGUUCCUUCCUCUCCUGACCCCUUGCACAACAGGUAA